GGUCACAGACGUCGUCGGAAAAAUAAGGGCGAUGGCACGGAUGAUGGUGGGGACAGUGGACGAGAGCACGCCAGCAAGGGCAAGCGUCGACACUCACACGGAAAUCGCCUGCGUGUACUGCGUCUCUUCAGCGCUGAUGCUAAUGCCGGCAUGGGUCACGAAAUCCCUGUUUUCUACCGAAAUACCACUGAUUCGGACGUUGGUCAGACGGCGACAGAUGAUGGUGGCAGCGUCAGUGGCGGCGGCGGGAGCAGUGGACGCAAGUUUAAAGCUGGCUUCGGCCAAUCAAACAACAAUGCAGCAGCAGCAGCAGCAGCCGACCACCUCACCCCACCCGAGAUACAAAUCAACCCACCCUCAAGCCAGACCUCACCCAACGCCAGUCGCCGAAAUUCCAAGCUCU